GCAAAUGAUCAAACACGGAAGUACAAAAUUGGACAAACAAAAAGCUUAGCUAGGAAAAGAGAACAUUUAGAUCAAUAAAAGCGCUGAACGAAAGGAAAUAUAGCUACUUCUUCAAGAUUUAUGCGAAAGAAAAUACAACUAAAUUAUAGUAAAUGUAUUGCUAGAUAGCAAUGGAUAUCGGUAUUAAGUUUAUCUUCUGCACGGAUAGCUAACGUUAACGGUACCUUUAGCUAGAAAAAUAGAUAGCCCGCUAUUUUGAAACAAACUUGCUGAUAUAACUUACAUUGUCAAGAGACUAACUAGCUCUAUGGUUUGUUAAUUGUUACGAUAAUUAUCCUUUCACCACGUUAUUAAUCUGCCAACGUUACCUUGCUAAAUAUUUUAAGGGGCUAGCCAAGUUAAGAUAGUUGUAAUGACUGCUGCAGUGUUUUUUGGUUGUGCUUUCAUUGCGUUUGGGCCAGCGUUUUCCCUUUUUAUUUUCACUAUCGCCAAAGACCCAUUGCGAGUCAUCAUUCUAAUUGCAGGGGCCUUCUUCUGGCUGGUGUCCUUACUGCUGUCCUCUCUGGUGUGGUUCAUAGCCACAAAGGCCACCAAUGCCCAGGACCUGACCCUGCAGAAAGACUUGCUCAUAUUUGGCUGCUUGUUCUCGGUCAUACUGCAGGAGGUGUUCCGCUUCGCGUACUACAGGCUGCUCAGGAAGGCAAAUGAAGGACUGGCAGCCAUCAGUGAAGAAGACGGCCCACCCCUUUCAGUCCGAGAAAUGGCCUAUGUGUCUGGACUGGGCUUUGGCAUCAUGAGCGGAGCCUUCUCCAUGAUCAACACCCUCUCUGACUCUCUGGGCCCAGGGACAGUGGGCCUGUUUGGAGACUCUCAGUACUACUUCAUCACCUCAGCCCUGAUGACCCUGGCGCUGACGCUGCUCCACACCUUCUGGGGCGUGGUGUUCUUUGAGGGCUGUGAGAGGAAGAGAUGGUGGGUGAUCGCUGUGGUGCUCUGUCUCCACCUGAUGGUCACCAGCCUGUCUCUGUUGAACCCGUUCUACGUGGGCAGCGUUCCCCCGGUCUACGCCAUCAUGCUGCUGAUGGCUGUCUGGGCCUUCUUCUCCUCUGGUGGCUCCCUGCACAACAUCACUCUUCUCUGGACGUGUAGGAAAAGUAAUACGGAGACCUCGUCAUAAUUCACAUUCCAUGUUGAUUUCUCAGAGGUCAAAGGGCAAUAGGAGCUUCUAUCGCUGCAGUGCUGUGUACAAACCCAAGCAGCCAAUCAAGAGAUUACACCGUCUCCACAUCUCCACAUAAUACGGAUGGGCUGAAUCGGAGCCCAGAAACCAGCACUCCACUGACCUAUGGAGCUGACCAAGGGAAAUCCUUCAUACUGCAUAUAGCCUGAAUGACACUAGUUUACACACACUUAGGCACGUGUAAGAUCUUUUCAAUGCAAGGAAACAACCGUUUUAUUUUUUGUAACGUUUUUCAUCUCUUUGCUGAUUUUGAUUUUGUGUGGACUUUCAAUCAAUUCUCUCCCUCGCAUCAAGUAUUGAUCUUUGGUUUACUGAAUUAUGAUUUUGAUAUAUCAAAAAAAAACUCACGACUCACCAUGUAAAAAAAGUAAUGUAAUCAAUGGACAAUGUUAACUUUUUUUUUAUUUGAGCUAUGACAGUCUAUUACAAAUCAGUCUGACAGUAUUUCAAUCUGAAGACCAUGUGGUUUGAAGUGACUGAAAUGUAUUAGGAAAUUCGGAAGAUCAUCAGGCAAUUAUGUAUGAUCUUCUGUGUAGAAAAGAACCUUGUUGUUGAUCAUCA